UUUUCUCCUCUCCUUCCUUUGGUCUUAGAACCGUAAAAACAACAAAAACACACCACCAUCUUCUUCUUCCACCUUCAAACCAUAGAAAUUGUUCAUGUAAUUCAAGAAACAAAUCACCUAAUCCAUCCUAAGGCUAUAAUAAAAACUUAGAAAAAGUAAGAUUGAAGCUUAGGAAGACAAAAUUAAUCUAGGGUUUGAGAAAGAACAUGGUAAUUUUGGGGUUUUGAAGAUAAAGAGAAGAAAAAUUGGGAAUCAAGGAAAUUGAGAGCAAACAUCAACAUCAUUCAUCAUAAGUAUAAAAGUGGAAGAAAUAGACAAAAGAAGAAAAAAAUUCAGAUCUUCUUCUCUCUCUCUCUCUCUCUCUCUCGUGAAGCUCUCUCCAACCCUCAUUCAGAAAUCCUCCAUUUUUUGUCAAUCUUCAAGCUUGCAUGUGUUGAACCCAACCGCAUUCUUUCAAGUUGGAAGUAGUAGGAAACAAAGGCUAUUUGCAUGUAGAAGUCUAUACUGAAGAUAGAUGUUGGGUUGUUAUAAGUUGGAGUGAGGACUUGUUAGGGAGCAAAGAAGCUUUGAAGAAGAAGACAGAGAGAUUUCUGGACAAACUGCAUCAAGUGGAAGCUUCUCUUUGAGUUAGUGGAGGCAAAUGUCCAGAUGAUAUUUGAUUCUGAAGGAAAUUGAUACACUCUUUAUUGAUCAGAAUCGGACUCCUACUUCUACAAUUUUGCUGAUUUGUGACCUCUCCAACAGAAAUCUCACACAAGAACACUGAACAAUGCUGGGAUUUUCAUUUGGAGAAAUAUUUCUGUUGCUGGGAGCCACUGCUGCUGUGAUUGGUCCAAAGGAUUUGCCAAUGAUAUCCAGAACAGCAGGGAGGCUAGCUGGACGGGCUGUUGGAUAUGUACAAUUGGCCCGUGGACAGUUUGAUUCUGUUAUGCAGCGAUCUCAAGUUAACCAGGUUCAUAAGGAACUUCAGGAAACAAUGGCACAGCUAGAGGCUAUUCGUCAUGAAAUUGGAAGCAUUUCAUUCAUAAAUCCUGGCCCAUCAACUCGGAGGCAUGAUAAUCUUGACCAGGCAUCUAUCUCAAAUGACAACAGGAAACCAGAAUAUGCUGGGGUGAAUAACUCAAUAUCCUCUCAUACCAAGGAUUCAACUUCAUUGCCAUCCAAAUCAUUAAAUAUGCAAAGUCAAGCAACUGCUUAUGCCAGUUUGGCACAGGCCCCUGCCGUAAAGAAUGGUUCCUCGGCAAAUAGCACUGAAGUUGAGGAUGUUAAAGUUGGUCUGCAGCUUAUUGUCAUGCCAGUUUCCGCUGAAAAUACUGGACUCUUGCCAAAUCGCGGGGGAGCUGAUGUGAAAGGAUCUGACAUAGUUCAAGAAGCAAUUUUGGAGGCAGAGGUAGCUCAUAAUGCAAAGGAAUUCUUUUCACAACCCCAAAAUCAAAUAUGAGUGAUAGGGUAAUCCUAAAUAAUACCUUAAUUUUUCUAGAUGUUAGCAUUUGUAGAUUCACAAUGAUAUAUAUUUAGUGUGUAUUUUAUCUUGAAGGUAUUGGUCGAUGCAUUGUCAUUUCUUUAAGUAAUAAGUUUACCACUUCUUAAAAAAAAAAAAAAAAAGAGUUACCAGUUCUUGUUCUUCAGGACAGAAAAUCUCAAGGAAUGCUUGUGUUUUUACUAUUUUAAGUUACUAGAUCUUCCGUUGAUGUUGCUUGAUAA